AUGAAUCAGCCUGACCCUAUUGCCCUUGUCGACCAAUUCGGGCGCUGGCACGUGGGGCGGCUCCGGGAUAAGCCCGCAUCUGCUUCAGCCAACGUCGGAUUUCAUACAUCAUCCCAAACAGGAGGAUUGCUGGAAGGCAUCCUUGUCCCCAUGACCCUCUAUGGCGGACAUCGAUGCAUUUCGCGAUGCGAGCACAUCGUUGACGUCCUUGGUAUUUCGUUUAACGAUGCGUCCGAGACUCCUGGGUCCGCUCAGGACCGCAGUCGCGUGAGGAAAGCGCAGUUUGCUGCCAAGGUAGCUUUCAUCGACAAAUUACUGCGCGACCUGGACAUUCUGGUUUACUGCGAGCUAUCCGCACUGUAUUACAUGGAGUACGUCUCUUCUCCCUUCGACCCGACCCGAAACCAACCUUUCGUGGGCGCCAUCCUAGCCAGCAACCUCUUUUGCAUGAUCUUUCACGCCUUUUUCAUUCGCCCUGAAGCUGGAGAAGCGACUCGAGGGUAUCUCCAUGGUGGGCUGUUUAUCGACUUUAUCGGGCAAAAGCCCGUGCCCGUAUUCCGGCUCCUCACAUUCGACCUGCUCAUCUUACUCGUCGAUUUCCUGAUGCUGGGCCUCAUAAUCGAGCGUGUAAAGACAACCGCCACAAACCUAAGUACAUCGACGAAUUCUGCACCGACCCAAUCCUCCAACUCCGAUACAAACACACCUAAUGACGAAACACAACAAGACCACGAUGCAGAAGAGCGCGGCGUCGUCCGUGGCCCCGCCGAGACAGGAACCGUAGAACCCUCACAUGAGCCCUCCACUUCACCUCCGCUUGCAGAGAUCGACGACGGCCUCCAAGAAGAACGAACAACCCUCCUCGCCGAGCCAGGUGACAGCUCGGCCAGCCGGGGAAGGCACCCGCUCGACUCUUUCGCGUCGGGGCGGGCCAUCAUCCUGGAAAUGGGACUAUUCACAACCAUCCGCGACCAGUGGCUCUAUACCACGCAGUCCCGCCGGCCCUCAGGUUACGUUCCCUCGCCCGAGGCAGCGACAUUGCUCCGACAGCGAUUCGGGCUCCAGGUCGGUUCUGACGGGCGGAUAACGCGCGUGAACUCCUGA